CUUCGGCCUCCAGGCCUGGACUCCUGAGGUGAAAUGAGGAAUCUGAAGCUGCUCCAGAGCCUGCUGAGCUCGGAGCUGCAGGCUCCCGGCUCCCCUCAGUGUCUGUGUGUGCGGGCCGACACCGGCUCGCUGCUGAUCGCCUCUCAGUUCUCCAUCACGGAGUACGACCCGCGCAAUGGCCAGGUGGUCAGCGAGGGCUCGUUGACGGCAGACGGUUUCCUCCCGGAGGACGGCAGCGGGCUGGUGGUGGGACUGCAGGACCUGGCCGAGCUGGAAUCUGCGUGUUUGGCGACGGCGGGGGGCGACGUGGUCGUCUUUAACCUCAACACCUGCCAGACGGAGUGUGUCGGCAGCGUUGACAGCGGCCUCACCACCAUGAGUUGGAGUCCUGAUGAAGAACUCGUCAUUCUCACAACCGGUCAGGAAACGAUCAUAAUGAUGACCAAAGACUUUGAGCCGAUCACUGAGGUGGGAAUCCACCAGGACGACUUUGGAGAAGGGAAGUUCAUCACCGUGGGCUGGGGGAAGAAGGAGACUCAGUUUCACGGCUCGGAGGGGAAGCAGGCGGCUCAGAAGAAGAUUCAGGAGGGGCAGCCGGCCGUGGCCUGGGACGACCGCAGGCCCCGGGUCACCUGGCGAGGCGACGGCCAACUCUUUGCCGUGAGCGCCGUCUGCCCGGCGACCGGAGCCAGGAAAGUCCGGGUGUGGAACCGGGAGGGCGUCCUGCAGGCGACCAGCGAGCCCGUCAACGGCCUGGAGCAGGCGCUCUGCUGGAAACCUUCAGGUAGCCUGAUCGCCAGCACCCAGAGACAUCCCAACAAGCACAGCGUGGUGUUCCUGGAGAAGAACGGGCUGCUGCACGGAGACUUCACCCUGCCCUUCAGUAAAGACCAAGCUAAGGUGAAGGAGCUGCUGUGGAACAGCGACUCCUCUGUGUUGGCGGUCUGGUUGGAGGACAUGACUGCGGGCGAGGACGGACGGGUCAACAGCUACAUCCAGCUGUGGACGGUGGGGAACUACCACUGGUACCUGAAGCAGAGCCUGGAGUUCGGGGGAGACCCCCAGCAGGUCCCGGUCUGCGUGUGCUGGGACGCUGAGCGGCCGCUCCGGCUCCACGUGGUGACGUCUAGCUGGAGCAGCCGCACCUACGACUGGGGCUGGACCACGGAGAGAAGCCCCGGCCUGGACGCCAGCGACAACGCUAACGUGGCCGUGAUCGACGGAGAGAAGAUCCUGGUGACGACGUUCCGGCAGUGCGUGGUCCCGCCGCCCAUGUGCUCGUUUGAGCUGCAGCUAUCGUCUCCGGUCAACCAGGUGACGUUCCUGUGUCGACCUCAGAGGACCAAUCAGCUGGCGGCGUUGACCGCCGAUGGACAGAUCUCCGUCUUCAGUCAACCUUCAAGUGACAAGACUGACGAAAGAGCAGACGACUUCAGGGUCGUGUCUCGUCCACUCGUCCUCCAGAAAACCUUCAGCCCGGCCGUUCCCCAGGACGUUCCUCUGGCUCUGCGGCAGCUGCUGUGGCUGCAGGAGGAACUGUUUGUAGCCGUGGGCUCCGGUCUGCUGCCGACCACCUCCACCCUGCUGCUGCUGCAGCCGGCCCAGGACGACACGCUGGCCGUCAGGUCUCGGGUGGAGGUGGGCGGGGUCGUGGUCAGUCUGGUCCACUGCUCCCGGACGGGAAGUGUCGCCCUGCAGCUGGAGGACGGACAGAUCAGGAAACUGCUCUGGGAUUGUCCUGAGCCGUCCGUGGAGGAAUGGCACGACUCCAGCGGCUGCAGCGUCAACUUCCCCGUUCCCUGCAUCCAGACGUCUCUCUGCUCCAUCGGUGGAGAGGACUUCCUGCUCGGCCUCACGGACAGAUCUCACCUCUACGCCGGAGACACGGAGCUGGCCUCCAACGUUUGCUCCUUUGGCGUUUGCAACGACUUCCUCCUCAUCACGACUCACUCUCACACCUGCCGCUGCCUGAACCUGAGCACGCUCUCGCUCAAAGGGCUGCAGGCGGCAUUGGCCUCCGACGGGAGUCAGAACGACGAGACGCUUCGGCGAGUGGAGAGAGGAUCCAGGAUCGUCACGGUGGUUCCCCAAGACACCCGGGUGAUUCUGCAGAUGCCUCGAGGAAAUCUAGAGACUGUUCAUCACCGAGCGCUGGUGUUGGCUCAGCUCAGGAAGUGGCUCGAUAGUUUGAGAUUCCGAGAUGCGUUUGAGAGUAUGAGGAAGCUGAGGAUCAACCUGAACCUCAUUUACGAUCACAACCCACAGGUUUUCCUGGAAAACAUCGGGACCUUCAUCACCCAGCUCGGCUCCAUCAGCCACAUCAACCUCUUCCUCACUGAGCUCAAAGAGGAGGACAUGACCGGCAGCAUGUACCCCCGUCCUGAGAGCAGCCCCGUCCAGCCCCGGCCCGGCGCCGCUCACAAAAAGGUCGACGUCGUCUGUGAUGCUUUACGGGUUGCCAUGGAAACCAUGGAUCCAAACAAGUUCUGUCUGUCCAUACUGACCGCUCACGUGAAGAAAACUGUUCCGGAGCUGGAGAUCGCUCUGCAGAAAGUUCACGAGCUCCGAGAAAACCCUCCGGCAGCUCCGGGGGCCGUGACGGCUGAAGAAGCCUUGAAGUUCCUGCUCUUCCUCGUCAACGUCAACGACCUGUACGAACACUCGCUGGGAACGUACGACUUCGACCUCGUCCUCAUGGUGGCGGAGAAAUCUCAGAAGGAUCCUAAAGAGUACCUGCCCUUCCUGAACAUGCUGAAGAGCCUGGAGCCGAACUACCAACGCUACACCAUCGACAAACACCUGAAACGCUACCGGAAAGCCCUGGUCCAUCUCAGCAAGUGUGGAGAAGAACAUUUCCCUGAAGUUCUGCAGCUGGUGAAGGAGCAGAAACUCUUCAGUGAAGCUCUGAGGUUUUACGCAGCAGACACGUCUCAGUACAAGUUCCUGAGCUGCGUGUACGCCGAGUACCUGGUGGAGCAGCAGCAGGCGGAGCAGGCCGGCCUGUUGCUAUGGCGAUGCAGGGAGACGGUCCGAGCCCUGCAGGCCUUCACUAACUGCUCCAGCUGGAGGAGCGCCAUCUGCGUGGCCCAGCAGAUCCCGCUACCGCCCGACCAGUUGGCCCUGCUGGCCCGGGACCUGGCAGAGAAGCUGAUUGAGCAGCGACGCUACGCGGAGGCGGCUCUGCUGCUGGACCAGUACGCCAAGGACUGUGAGGAAGCAAUCCUGGCUCUGAUCACUGGAGCGGUCUGGGAGGAAGCGCUCCGACUGAUUUACAUGCACAACAGACAAGAUAUCACGGAAACCAACCUGAAACCUGCACUUUUAGAAGCUCUCAACACCCAGACGGUUUUCCUGGAGGCUCAGGUGGCAACUUUCUCUCGGCACCGGAACCGGCUGGUCGUGGUCCGCGAGCAGAAAGAGAAGGCCCGACUGGACAUGCUCGACGAGGACGGGCCGGACUGUCCCGAUGCAGAGCUUUACUCUGAAGCCAGCAGCGUCAUGAGCGGCUCCAAGUAUUCCCACAGCAACUCCCGCAUCUCCUCGAGGUCGUCCAAGAACCGGCGGAAAGCCGAGAGGAAGAAGCUGAGUCUGAAGGAAGGGAGUCCCAUGGAGGACCGGGCCCUGAUGUUCACCCUGAGUGAGAUCAUCACCACCGUGGACAAGAUGAGAGAGGAGAUCCAUAACCUGCUGAAGGCCCUGGUGUUGUUCCAGUUUGAUAAACAGGCGGAGAAGCUCCAGCUGGCCUACGAGGAAGUUCUGCAGAUGAUUGAGGCGGCUGGUCCUGAGGUUUGGCCUGAAGGCCUGCAGAACAGCCAAGCCCCGCUCACGGGGCCGAACUCCACGGCCAACAGCAUCACGGCGUCUCUGCAGCAGCAGAGACCUGCAGCUGCACAGCCAGAUGCCGACGUUCCCGCGCAACCAAAGAUGAGAAAUGGAGUCAAGUGGAAGCUCAGUAUUCUAAAGUAAAUGGUAGUAUUUUUAACUGUAAUGUUUAAAUGUGUAAUAAAGUGUCUAAUCAAGU